CCCCCGUAAGGAAUCAUCUGGCUAUCUGACGUCUUUUUGUUUCCUCUUGGUUACUUACUUCGAGUACAGUAUCCAUGAAGCCAGUUUCCGAGGAACGGAAGAUAUGAGUGCCAUGGGUUCAAGUUGUAUAGACGACGUGCAGCUUCCAUGGUAGACAACUUGCACUUCGCGUGUCUAUGAAGGUCUUCGACAUGUUUCUAGAAAGUGAUAAGAUAUCAGGCCAUGAGCAAAGCGUGCGAGGUACUACCUAGGGCCAGGUGCCUAUCGCUGCUUGAGCCGUUCUACAUAAAGCUCGUAAGGAGAAGUCAAAGCUCAGGUCGGAAAGAGGAUGUCUACGUAAGAAUUUGCAUGGAUGGCACUCAGUACGACCAUUUUCUCUUACCUCGACGUGAAUCAGGAGUAACCUGUAAAGCUUGGCAAAAUGGCGACGGCGAUGUGAUGCCAUUCAUGUGGUGCAGGCGCACAGAUAUGGGCCUCAGGGGAGAUGCGAACAUGCCUAGGUCGACAAAACUCUUGGCUCCAAAUCGCCGACCACGACCGCAUAUAUUCAUCACUAAGAACCCAGCAGAUCGCGAUCCAAAAGUUGUUGCCAUCCAGACUCACUAUGCCCAUUUGGGUGAUGAGGCUCUUGAUGAUUUCCAACUUGAGGUUUUGAGAAUAUCGGCAUUCCAACUGAGAUAUCUCUCUCCGCUGAUCAUAACUGCAAUAUUCAGCUACAAAGAAAGCGUUCUUCUGAAUGGCCGGGGAGGAUCUUCGGGAGAGGCGCAAGACCGAGCAAGGAGGCUCGACAUGAGGGAAUCCCGGAUCCUAUCGUCAUCUCCACCAAGACCUAUCAAACGACGUCAAUCGUCAACAUCUCCAAUGGUCCUUCAUACAAACAUUAGGAACAAGGGCAAAGGCAAGGAAUCGUACCAGGAGCCACCAACAAAUCGACAACGGCUCUCUACUCCUGGACCGUCAAAUGCUCCCAGGUCACGAGGCAGUACCAGUGUGAGGGCUAGAUCUAUCGGGUUGGAGGAGAUCGAGAUAAUGAUACAGAGUGAACGCAAAAACAAGAUGUUCUCUGACAGAAGAAUUGCUUUGCUGCGCAAAAUGAAGGACAAUCUAUGGAUGACUCAGAACAAGUCGAAACGUCGGCCAAAGGAGCCAGCAGUUACCGACCUCACUUGCAACCUUGAAGUUGAUGAAGAUAUCGAACAAAGUAGCUAAAGACACUAAGAAUGUGAUCCCUAGAAGUCGGGCUUGUCUAGCUCCGAGUCCGUUGCUGCCAUAUUCCCGGAGCUAAUGGAUCUGC